AUGUCGAGAAACUCCAAGGUUUCGUCGCGCAGCUCGAAGGUUUCGUCGCGUUCUUCGCACAGCGCACCGAGCUCAUUCCACAUCGACAUCGCACUAGCAAACGGCGAGCCGCUGAAAUCUCCCGCGGAUUCUGGGUACACAUCUGCAAGGGCCUCGAGCUCGGUAAACGUCGAUGUCUCGCUGGAUGCUGCCUAUCAGCAGUGGAAGGCCGCUGCUGAAGCCAGCCGCUCUGUUGAAGAGCUGGACCAUUCCGUCGAGGAGUGUCAGGCUCAGCUGAAAGAUGCCAAAGACCGUCUAACGGAGCUUGAGACACAUCGCAAACCGCUAAAGAGGAAGAAGUCGAUCAUGAGCGGGAUCCUCGGAAAGUCCAAGCAGAACGUGUCGCAAGUCGUCGACACAACGUCAUCCGCAGAUUUGGCAGAUGCGAGGAGCGGUGUGCAGGAGCCCGAACGACGUCUAGCAGAAUUGACGGCUCAGCUCCAGGCCACUAAAGUUGUUGCUGAAAAGCUGGACGAGUGUUUCGAUAUCCUGAAGAACAGCUUGGCCGACGGUCCCUUACCCUCGUGGCGGUAUAUCGAAGGUAAUGAAGAAGCCAUCAGUCGAGCCGAACACUCCGCUGCGAAGAUCGAAGCGACGUACAUCGAUAGCCAGAAGACGACAGACGCAAUGCUGUUCGCGCAGAACGCCGUACAGUCCUCUCACCACCACUAUAGUCACGCCAUGUUUCUCUUGGAGGGUGUCUGUGGCUCUCAUAGGAGUAAAAUUGCAGCAAUUAUGGCCGAUGAGCAGAGCAAGGAGAUGACUUACAAAGAGGCGGCGCAGUGGGCGCAGAAAGCCCAGAUAUGCUUCAACGAGUGUCUGCGUACGUUAGAGCCAUUCAAGGACUUCCUCGGGGACGAGGCACAAGGCUGUGACGAGCUGGUGCAGACAGGUCUACUGCAAGCUGUUCAGCUGUACAACCUAAAUUACGGCGGGAAAGCACUGCAGUUCGGCAUCACAACACAAAUGCAGAUAAUGCUCCAAAAGCAGGAAGCCGUGUUCGAACGGCUCACUGACUUCGCUGUAGCAGUGCAAAACUUCACGAAGCACAGCGAAAGUGUACACCGAGAGAUGCGACAUAAGCGUGACGCAGCAAGGCGAAAACUUGUUGCGUUGUGGAUGAACGACAUCUCGGACUAUUCUUCACCUUCCUCGCCCAUUUCCCCACUGUGA